AUGUCUGGGCCCUGCCACGCAAUGCGGGGCAUCUACAUCAGCACCCUAGCAGUGGUUUUCCUGUUCUGCGCAUCCUCGCAUGGUUCAGAUAUUGGAUCAGGUCGCCUGCUGCUGCCCAACCCUGAAUUUCCGCCAAGAGUUUGUUUCACCAUCACGCGCUCAGCUGUUUGUGAGGCCAAGUUUCAGUGCUGUAACGGCGCGCAGGGCGUGACAAAGAUCGAGUUCGACGUUGUGUCCUCCUGCAGGCCCUCUCUCCAGCGAGUAACAGUCAACAAGCAGCCUUGGGGAUCUUAUGAGUUCAACGGCCAGCUCAGCGUCCUGCGUGUGACCAAGCUUGAUUUGACGCCGGCGACAGCCCCAGGCACUCAGAUAUGCUUCUUCCUGCAAAGCCGGACGCCGUGCCCCAACAUCCGCACCCUCUGCACUACUGGGGACGCGUCCUGCACAUACGCAAUCUUCAACAUACCCUCUCCCCCCCCGCCGCCCCCGCCGCGCCCGUACUUUGCCAAUUGCUCUUGCGUCCGGGACCCUGUAAAGUCCCAGCUCUUCGUCUAUCCUGACGUUGUCGUGGUACCGGCGCGCGAGCGUGGCUACACCAAGAUGUGCUUUACCAUCGGCACGCUGGACGUCUGCAACUCGCGCUCUCGGUGCUGUCAGUUCGACCUCUACAAGGCCGAGUUUGAGGCCACGCCCGAUUGCAUCGGGUCGCUUGCCUACAUGACCGUGAACGGGGUUGAGCGCUCACGCUUCUUCCAGCUCACCCCCUACCCGGCCAUUAAAGUAACCAACCUGAACAAACGUUUUGAUGACGUGGAGGGUACGGAGAUUUGCCUGGUGCUAAAGACGUCGGACUGCGGCUCGCUGACGAAGCUGGGCAAAUUCCGCGACGGCACUCUCGCAGUUGCCCUGUUCAACAGGCCUGAUACCAGCGGCGUGGACUGCUGCCCCGUCAGCAUUGUAGAUAAAGUCGCGGCCUGAGGGCUCCCGCCUCGCCGUGGGAUUUGAAACAGCUGUGUGCUUUCACCGAUGUAGGAUUGUGAUGUCAUUAUACAUUCUCUCCAUACCCGUGGUGUCACGGCGCGGGAUGCAGGGCCUGGACAUGCAUUAUGCAAUACGCACGGCGCAAUCCAUGCACCUGGCU